AUGUCCGAGUCGAACGAAGAUGCAGUCAAAAAACCCGACUACAAAGAUGUGGAAUACAAUCUACCAAGAAACGAGGAAGCACUUCCCAGCAUCGCUGCAGAGCAUGCCCGCCUAAAUGACCAAGCAGCUAGCUACACCGAUCUGAUGAAAGACAAGAUUGUCCAUGCACCCCUCAAGAGUCCGACCGAGAUACUUGACGUAGGUUGGGGCACUGGCAUUGUAACGCGCCAUCUGGGCUCGAUAUACCCCUCCGCCUCUGUUUAUGGGAUCGACAUAUCGCCCGUCCCUCCCACAACUGCUUCCGACGCCAUUUCUUCAACGCCAUCGAAUGUCGAAUCCAUUAUCGGUGAUAUCCGCAAAGUGGCUGGAGAAGACGAACGGCUGAGAGCUGGAAACUUCGAUUGCAUUUUCCAGCGCCUGCAGAGGUUGUGUAGCGAUCUAUAUCAGCGAUGCUUAAGCCUUGAGGGUUAA